GUCACGACCCACCACUGCGAUAUUCUUAACGCCACUAAGUGGGCUCUACUGGGGCUCAGUGGACGGGAAGGAUCUGGUCCCUUUUCCUUUCUUUAUUUUUCUGAAAAAAAGGAAAAAUAAAUUCGAGAAGAGGUCAAAGCCUAUAGUAUUCCCAGAAAGACUAAAAAAACAGAAAAAAUAAGAAACUUAUUAUAGAAUCAUCUUGAUAGUUUUGUAGUUCCCAACUGGGGUGUAGAGGCAGGUUGGUUGUAACUCAAAAAAAGAUUAUUAAGUAAUGUGGAGAGGCUAUAACUGAGCCGGUGUUUACUCUUCCUCUCCGUUGUUACGAUUUGAAUCCCUCUCUCAAUCUUUCUUCUUCUCUUUUAAGUUUUGAGGGUAUCUCGAGGAGGAGAGAAGAAGAAGUGGCGUAUACGGGGGAGUUUUGCCUCGUUGGCUUUGGCGUGUCACCGUGCAGGAGUGCUACUUCCUUCGCCCAUUAUUGAUCUGAUAAUCCAUUUGGAGUCAGAUAUUGGGGAAAAUUUAUGGCGCAGCGGCAGCGGCGCAAUCGUUCCUGAAAUGAUCGAUGGAUUCUUCAGAUGAUAGCGCGACAGCCAGCUUGAUGUCUGGAGAACAGAGAACCUCCUCUCCUCUUGGUGUAUUCUUUAAGGAUGCAAGGCAAGCCUUCAGGUUGGAUGAGCUGGGAGUGGAGAUUGCGGGGAUUGCGUUCCCCGCGGCGCUGGCGUUGAUGGCUGAUCCCAUCGCCUCUUUGGUCGACACCGCAUUCAUCGGCCACAUAGGUCCAACAGAGCUUGCAGCUGUAGGAGUAUCCAUUGCGGUGUUCAACCAAGCAUCAAGGAUCACUAUCUUUCCCCUUGUAAGUGUCACAACAUCAUUUGUUGCCGAGGAAGAUGCUGCUAGCAAGAUGGCCAGUGAAGAACUAGAAAGUGGAGAACAUGGAGGGCCCUUUUCUGUAGAUAGUGAAAUGAAAGAAUUGAUUCCUCAUGACGAUCUUGAUAAGGCUGUCUACAGCUCUUCUUUUGAAUCAGAGACGAAUGUACACAAAUUUGAGAAUGAGCGUAAACAUAUUCCAUCAGUUUCUACGGCAUUGGUGGUUGGUGGGGUGCUUGGCCUUGUCCAAACUCUUGUUCUUGUUUUUGGAGCAAAACCUGUCUUGCACUUCAUGGGUGUAGGGCCGGACUCGCCAAUGUUGAACCCCGCAUGUCAAUACUUGAUGUUGCGAUCUCUUGGUGCUCCUGCUGUUCUCCUAUCUUUGGCCAUGCAAGGGGUAUUUAGAGGACUCAAGGAUACAAAAACCCCUUUAUAUGCAACUGUGGCUGGCGAUGCAACCAAUAUAGUCUUAGAUCCCAUAUUUAUAUUUGUGUUCCACUUAGGUGUCAGUGGUGCUGCAAUAGCACAUGUUAUUUCUCAAUAUUUAAUUGCAUUGAUACUGCUCUCAAGAUUAUUGCGGCAUGUUGAUGUGUUGCCUCCUAGUCUCAAAGAUCUCCAGUUUGGUCGGUUCCUGAAGAAUGGUUUCUUGUUGCUUGCAAGGGUAAUUGCUGCAACAUUUUGCGUGACACUAGCUGCAUCUAUGGCUGCGCGCCAGGGAUCAAUUCCUAUGGCUGCAUUCCAGAUCUGCUUGCAGAUUUGGCUGGCAACUUCUCUUCUUGCGGAUGGAUUGGCUGUUGCUGGACAGGCAAUACUUGCAAGUUCAUUUGCUAGCCGAGACCAUUCUAGAGCAACAGCUGUUGCAUCUCGUGUUUUGCAGUGGGGAAUGAUUUUAGGUUUAUUCCUCUGCACCGUACUCGGAGUAGGCUUGCAUUUUGGUUCAAGGUUAUUCACCAAGGAUGCUGAUGUGCUUCAUCUCAUCCACAUAGGGAUUCCGUUUGUGGCGCUAACUCAACCAAUCAACGCUUUGGCUUUUGUUUUUGAUGGCAUCAACUAUGGGGCAUCAGAUUUUGCAUACGCUGCCUAUUCCAUGGUCCUAGUGGCCAUCAUAAGCAUUAUUUGCUUACUCAUACUCUCCGUUAGUUAUGGUUUCAUUGGAAUCUGGGUAGCUUUGACGAUCUACAUGAGUUUAAGAAUGUUUGCUGGUUUCUGGAGGAUAGGAACCGCGAGGGGGCCCUGGACAUUUCUUCGGCGUUUAUCAUAGCCCUCUUGUUAGAAUUUCAUUUUCCAAUUGAUAUGUGAUAAGAGAUUAAGUACUCAAAUAGCUCGACGAUGAAAGGUAUCACCUGCCCAUAGUGCACUGUCUCUUUCACAUUAGCUUUCUGUGUCUCCUUUGUGGGUUGAUAUGUAUAUACGAAUUAUGCAUUCAUGAAUGUAUUCUUUCUUCAACUGCCCCAAAAUAGCAUAGGCUAUAUUACUCUCUCCGAGUACGAAACUUUUAAGUGUUGAAGUCUCUUUUCAUUUUCUGCGCCCGGACAAUGAAUUUAGUCCGAGAAACCUUGUUUCGUAUGUGCUCUUCUAAUGUAGUUUGAAUUGUGUCCUCUA